GAUAUUACCGUACAUUCUAAUCUACUAGGUUUUCUUGAAGAACCUGAAUGUAGCAUUACUGAUGACGUUGGCGUUGCACAAGGAAGCAAAACAUGGCGUCCGGACAGCAGUGGGUGUUGGUGGAGAUGGUGCAGGCGUUUUACGAGGCUCCUGCGUACCACCUGAUUCUGGAGGGGAUACUCAUCCUGUGGAUCGUCACACUGCUCUUCUCUAAGACCUACAAACUCCCUGAGACCUAUAAACUGACAGAGAAGGAGAAGGAGGACCUGAUUGAGGAGUGGCAGCCGGAGCCUCUUGUCCCCCCUGUCUCCACAGAUCACCCCUCCCUCAACUAUGAUGUUGUCACUGGACCUCCAAGCCACAAAAUCAUAAUCAACGGAAAAGAGUGUGUAAACUUUGCAUCGUUUAACUUCCUGGGUCUCCUCGACAAUGAUCGUGUUAAGCAAAAAGCUUUGGCAUCACUGAAGAAAUAUGGUGUGGGCACGUGUGGUCCAAGAGGCUUCUAUGGAACUUUUGAUGUUCACCUGGAACUGGAGAGCCGUCUGGCCAGAUUCAUGAAGACAGAAGAGGCCAUCAUCUAUUCGUAUGGCUUCGCAACCAUUGCUAGUGCAAUUCCUGCCUACGCCAAGAGGGGUGACAUCAUCUUUGUGGAUGAAGCAGCCUGCUUCUCUAUCCAGAAGGGUCUUCAAGCAUCCCGCAGCUUUAUUAAAUACUUCAAACACAACGACGUGGAGGAUCUGGAGAGGCUCCUAAAGGAGCAGGAGCUUGAGGACCACAAGAAUCCUCGUAAAGCUCGAGUGACCCGGAAGUUCAUUGUAGCGGAGGGGCUGUACAUCAACACUGCAGACAUCUGUCCUCUUCCCCAACUGGUGGAGCUGAAGUACAAGUACAAGGUGCGGAUCUUUCUGGAGGAGAGCUUGUCUUUUGGUGUGUUGGGAGAAUGUGGCCGAGGAGUCACAGAACAUUUUGGGGUCAAUAUCGAUGAUAUUGACCUGAUCAGCGCUAACAUGGAAAACGCUGUGGCCUCCGUCGGAGGCUUCUGCUGCGGACGCUCCUUUGUCAUCGACCACCAGCGUCUAUCCGGUCAGGGUUACUGUUUCUCUGCGUCGCUGCCUCCAAUGCUGGCUGCUGCUGCCAUCGAGGCCCUGGACAUCAUGGAGGAGGAUCCAGAAAUCUUUUCUGUCCUGAGGGAAAAGUGCAAACAGGUGUACAAGGCGUUACAGGGAACUCCGGGUCUGAAGUUGGUGGGCGAACAGAUUGCCCCGGCUCUUCACUUACAGCUGGAGAGGAGUUCGGGCUCCAGAGAUGCUGACAUGCAGCUGCUCCGCACCAUCGUAGAAUAUUGUUUGGAAAGACGUGUGGCUCUGACCCUCGCACGCUACCUGGAGAAAGAGGAGCGCUUCCUCCCCCCGCCGAGCAUCAGGGUGGUGGUCACCAUCGAGCAGACGGAGGACGACCUCCAGAAGGCCGUGUCCUGUAUCCAAGAGGCAGCAUCAGUCGUCCUCAAAUGAGACUGUAUUGACCGUCUGACUGUGAGGGAACGUCACCGUGAGGGGGACGUCACCGUGAGGGGGACGUCACUGUGAGGACGUCACCGUGAGGAGACACUCCGGACCAGACUGUGUUAGUCUCUUGAAUGAUUCUUUGCCUUUGUUCUCAUUUCAACGACACGUACAACUUGUGUGAAUAUUGUUGUAAAUGUCACCAGGCGUGAUCGUCACAGACCAAAGAUCAUGAUUUGUUGUGAUGCUCUGUUAGUACGUGAACUGUACAUCAUGUUGUUUUUACUACUCACCUGUUUUUCUUUUGUUCUUUGAAUAAUGUUUCCAACCACUAAACUCCUAUUAAAUGUAAACGAAUGUGA